GUGGUUUUAGUCAAAAAAACGUGCUGUAGAAAAGAAUACGUUUCUAGGGUUUCUGCCAAUGAGUAACUCAGACGAGGAGGAGACGAUGGCAAUCGCCCACUUGCAGUCUAUACGCCAGCGGCGAAGGCCGCCUCAUUCAAAGCGGAGGGCUUCCAGGGAUUCAGCGGCGAAGGGUAAGAUGAAUUCGACUUGGGACGACCAGGAGAUGAAGAUGGAGGAGGUGAUGGUUUUGAAGAAGGCAGCGGCGAGGAUGGGGGUAAAGCAGAUGUCAUCGACGACGUACUUGAGUGAGUCAGAAGAGGAGGCGAUGAUUAUGGCCCAAGAGCAAUCACAGACGACACCGACCUCGAGAUUGAAGGCAGCCUGCGGCGAAAACCUCCUCAUCUGGUGCGGAGGGCUUCCAGGGAUUCAAGGCUGUUGCCAGAGAUGAUGUGGUACAAACCGCAGAAUAGAUUGUUUAUGGACAAGGAGGAGUCUGAACGCGCCCACGAGAACAUUAUACUCUUUCUCGAUAGGCUUUUGAAGGCCAAGGAGGAGGCCGGGGUUUUGGAGCAGCCAUCACAGGGCCUCAAGAUUCAAAACUAAUUUCUACUCUUUCGUUUUUGGUGCAGGCGCAUUUCUUUCUCUGGUGUUUCGUGAAGCACAAGUUUGGUGGCGCUAUGUAUCUGUUCUGCCAUUUUUAUGUAGACAGGACAUUAGUUAUGCUCUUUCCUUGAACAGACAGGGCAUCAUUAUGAUCUGUUCUUCCUGGGAGGAGCUUAGCGCUUACAGACCAUUUGUUUCCGUGGAUGCCAUGUGCUGUGAUGAUAUCCUGAUCCUAUACCUCUGUAUAAACAUUAAAAACAAAUAGACAAAGAAGUGUUACUGAUGAAAUAACGUAAAACUUGUGAAUAAUCAACUAAUGCACACGCCCUUGGAAGCUAGUACCACACACCGCCAAAUACAAAAUAACAACAAAACUAUAGCCAAGCAAAGUUACUAUCCUCAAGUAACAAAUCACAAAUCGUUUGGGAUUCAAGGAGAAGCUCACAAAUCACAGUUCAUAACUACCUGAACUUUCAAAUUCAGAAACAAAGAUCCGACGGUUACUCUUUUCAAGUUUUGUUUUGGUUCAUACUGAAACGACUAGUGAUUCCGCAGAGUUCAGUUGCAUUUCACAAGCAUACAAGCAACCACAAGAAUCAAGGAUUACUCUUUUUCAAACUCAAAAACAGAUAAGGUUACUCUUUUCCAGAUUUUUUCACUGAAACGGACUUGUGAUUCCGCAAAUCAAAUUUUGUUGCAUUUCACAAGCAUAGAAGCUAUUAGCCUAUUAGUAUAUAUAUAUAUAUAUAUAUAAUAUCUAUAGUAAUACAAGCAACCAGAAGAAUCAAAGAUUACUCUUUUUCAAACUAAGAACACACAGAUCAAAAGGUUACUCUACGGAACAGGGCAAGACUCACAUAUAUGACGUCAGCUAACAAUUCAAUUCCAUUUCAAAAGCAAUCAUGAUCGAUCAACAGUAACAAUUAAAUUCCAUUUCACAAUCAACUAUGAUCGAUCAAUAGCAUAAUAUUCCAAAUCUAAAAAACUAUUACUAGCUACUUCGAGAUAUCGUGGACAAGGAUUCUUCUAACCACUUACAGAAAAUGUUAUGCAGAUGUGAACGGGUCUCAUUUUAUCAUAUGAAUCAAAUCCACAUCUCUCUCUCGCUCUCUCUCAAAUAAAACAAGAAUCACAAUAUUGGAUCAUAAACAUCAUUAUAUUAAUUAUACACAAACAGAACAAGAUAAUUAAACACAAGUUAAGCACACAAAGAAAGAAAAAAAAUACAAGUGAACACACAUUAUUAAGCGCAUUUGAUUGUUUACUUAUCAAAAAGAAAGCAUUUUUUUUUUUGUAAACUAAAAAGAAAACAUUAUUAAGCGCACAAAAAUAUAACCAACAAAGGUCAUAGCACACAGAUUAAACACAAGACACGGAUGAUCACUUCCGAAUAUUAAUUUUUUUUCCUUCUCACUGAUGAUCGCUUCCACUUCCACUUGUGCCAACGUUCUGACCUGAUCCCCUUUGGUACUCAUCUCGUUGACGUUCUUCCUCUCCCUCCUCCUCAUGACCGGCUCCGGUCUCAGUCAAAUACAUUUGCCGUGCAGCUGGUGGCAUAAAUGCCAAGAAUUGGCUGAAGACUCGAUCCACAAUAGCUUGGGAAAUCCUCAUAUGUGUUACAUACUUUAUAACUUCCUCCCUUGUCAUGAACGUACCGAAGGCAUAACCGUACAGUUCAAGCAUUUGCCUAUUGGAGGGUUGUUGGAUGACUCCUUCAGAAAUAUCAACUACCAAUGUUGAGACCGCAGUUCGGAGUGCCGGCACUCCUCCAGCACUCCGAACUGCGGUCUCAACAUUGGUAGUUGGUAUUUCUGAAGGAGUAAUCCAACAACCCUCCAAUAGGCAAAUGCUUGAACUGUAUGCCUGCGGUACGUUCAUGACAUAAAUUAUAAGAAAAGUAAUUAUAGAUCUUAUCGAGUAAUCAGUGUGAAUACUCGUGGGAUAUUGCAAAAGAAUUAUGACAGAGAAGUUUCAACACUCUGAUCAUCUUAUUAUAUAAGGGAUUUUUUUUGGGUUUAAUUUGGUUUUAUUUGUAGUAUCCGGUUCAACAAAACCAAUACUUUCACUUCACUCGAAAAGUCAAUUAAUUUAUAUGUGAUGUUUUGAAUUUCACUUUGGAUACUUCAUCCUUUUUUUUAAUUUUACUUUUGUUUCAUGUAGAAGAAAGAGUUCAUAUUUUUUUUAAAAAUAUUGUAUUUAUUGCUUUACUAAAUAAUCAAAAUCGCAGGAUAUUUAUGUAUUAGAAAUGGACCCAAAAUAAGAAAAAAAACAACUAUAGUACAUAUCAUGGUCACCAAUACGCAUAGGCAUUUUACCUAGAUACAAAACCCCGAAUCAGAACCGACCAGAAAAUACUUAACACGAAACCAAACCAAAAA